UUGUAGCACAAGCAACAGAGUGAAUAAGACCGUACUUUUCAUGAUUAUAUUUAAAUAUUGUAACACUAUUAUAAGAAUAUAUUAAAUAUCUAGCAUUACUAGUGCAGAUCGUUUCAGUUUGGCUAUAGUUCAUUUAUUGUUUUAUCUAACGAGUGCAAAAACAUUGAAAUGUCUACCAAUACAAGUGUAUGUAGUUUCGCUGCAAAGUAUCGAGCUACAGCUCCUUAUCACUUUUUUUUAACUCCAGUUUAUAACGAGCCUGCCACUUAUAACGGGCAGCAUUACACAGUUUCAUUCCACGAAAUCAUGGAUCGUGCUUUGGGGGAACUAGUUGAGUGCUUUCAUAUCAGUACUGCAAUCGAUUUGGAGUUUAUUUUUUCACAGUACAAAAGAGCUUCUCAAAAGCCUAGAGUAACUUUAAUUUACUGUCACAACCUUACAUUUAAUGACUCCGACUCUGACUCUAAUUCUAAAUUGGAUUUUGAUUCUGAGGUACUUGACAUUGAUUAUAAACAGUACAAAAAAACUCAUCGAGAAGGUCAUAUGUUUUCAAAUCUAUCAAUACUAAAAUAUAGGGAUGACAAAAUCAGACUUGUUAUUUCCACAGCUAGUCUGUGUUUUGAAGAUUGGAAUAGAGGAAUUCAAGGAUUAUGGGUAUCUCCAUUUCUACCUCUACUCCCAGUUGAUGCAGAUGAUACAGAUGGAGAGUCUGUCACAAAUUUCAAAAGGGAUUUUAUUGAAUACUUGUCGGAACACAAAGAGCCACAAGUGUUUGGCUGGUUAUCUCUAUUGUACAGAACAGAUUUUUCUUCUGUCAAAGUAUUUUUCCUGGGAUCUGUUCCUGGAACACAUCAGGGUCCUGCAUUGAAUUUGUGGGGACGAAAUAAACUUAAAAAAAUACUGUCGGAACACGCUGUUUUGCCGGAAAAUGCUAGAGAUUGGCCAAUUGUCGCUCAAACUCAUGACUUAGGAUAUACAGGGGAAACGUAUUUCAAUUGGCUAAACUACAAUGUUCAAGCAAUGGCGAUGGAAAAAGAUAAAAAAAUAAUAUAUACACCAGAAUUUAAGCUUUUAUAUCCAUCUAAAAAAGACGUUCCUACAGAGCUUGAAGAGAUGUCUCAUUGUUAUGAAAAAGAUUUUUAUCUCAAACAGCAGUGGAUCAAGGAGUACUUGCAUCAAUGGAAAUCAGAGAAAAUAAGGCGCUUACAAGUAUUUCCAAGUCAAUUCAGUUGCUACACUAGAAUUUCACCCGAUGGUACGAAAAUUCCCUGGUUUGUACUAACGAGUAUGAGUAUGCUAAGGAACUCUUGGGGACAGUUUUUACGCAGAGUUAAAGAACCUCAUCUUUACAUAACCAGAUACGAAGCCGGUGUUGUAUUUGUUCCGAAAUUUCUUGUAAAACAAGAUACGUUUCCGAUAAAACAAAAUAGUUCUUCAAAAAUGCCAAUAUUUUUGCUACCAUUCGAUUUGCCAUUGACUCCUUAUGAACCAAGUGACGAGCCGGUCUGCAAGCCAUCAGUCAAAAAUGAAAGCUCAAGCGCACUUGAAGAUGAAUUAAUUGAAAAAAUAGCUCUUUCUCAUACGUAAACCCAUGUAUUCACAUUCUGACAGAUGCAAUAAAAACAAUCGCACAAAAAUCAUAUCAAAGACAUUUUGGAACGUUUUUUACAUUG